UGGCAAAUACCGUAGUGACACUUCGGUCAAUCGCAGAGAUAAGUAUACUUUUAACGGAUAAGGUUCUGUCAUUACUAUUAUCACAAUGACAGACUCUCAGAGUUGCAAUAGUGUUGCACAUAACUUGACAAUCGAGCAAAAGGAAUAUGCAGCAAAAGUUUUAAAUGAGUCCGACGAGAAUAGAGAAAACGCUGUCGCGGAGAUUAGACAUUGGAUUCAAGAGAACGAUUUACGCGCACGAACUGAAAACGUUAAUUUAUAUACAGAUGACUUCUCCAUUUUGCGAUUUUUGAGAGCCUGUAAAUUUAACAUUGAGAAUACUAAGACCAAGUUGCGAAAUUAUCAAAAGCAGCGAGUUAAACUACCGGAGUGGUACGCGAAUAGGGAUCCGCUACAUCCGAAACUACAGGAAUUGCUCGAUAUGGGAAUUUGUUUGCCUUUGCGAAAGUUGGAUGAUCAAGGAAGAAUGGUUAUCAUCGCGCGUCUUGUGCAUAAUCCAGACAUAUUUACAUUAUCAGACGCACUUAAGGUCUCAUCUAUGGUCUUAGAUGUGGCCAUAAGAGACAGCGUUGAAGCAUCCUUGUACGGUUUCGUAAUAAUUAUAGAUUUGGGACAAGCAACUUUACAUCAUUUUGUUCAAGCGCAACCUCGCAUUUUAAUGAACAUGAUCCACGCGUGGCAGGGUUGCUACCCUCUAAGAAUUAAGUUGCUCAACUAUAUUAACGUGUCGGUAAUUGCUAAAACAGUUAUGAUGUUUACCAGAUAUUUUUUGAGCGAUAAAUUGAAUCAAAGAUUGCACAUCUACGCGCGCAAGACAACGCAUGAUUGUUUUUUAAAUAUGCCAGCUAAUAUCUUACCUGUUGAAUAUGGUGGCACUGAUGGUACAACUCAAGAAUUAACAGAAUAUUGGAAAAAAGUGAUCGAAGAGAAUCGCGACUGGCUUAUCGAUGAUGAAAAAUAUAAACCAGUUUUAUAAAAAUAUUUACAAUUUUGUGAAUUAAUGUAUUUUUGCUUAAUUGUGCACCUUUAUUUUUUAUGAUAAGCUUGUUUCUACUCUUGAUCUUGAUGUUGAUUUGUAAUUUAUUAAAUCAAGAGAUAUAAUAGUGUCUUUUAUUAAAAUACGUUGACAUAAACAUUCAGUUGUAUAUUGACUUUUAUAGUGAAUGUAAUAACUUUAAUACUGAAAUAUGGUAAUAAAAUAAUAGAAUAAUAUUAAUA